AUGCACCGCGGAGGUCCGUCCUCCGGCAGAGUUUCCCAAGUUGAGAAGGUGUUCGGCACAUCCGAUAUGAUAUUUGCCACAUCCGAUAUCGGAAUCGGAAGCCUAGCUGGGAGUUGGAGACGAGCUGCAGGGAAAGGUAAGCUCGCGGUGGCAGGGUUGCUUAGUUUGGAGAAAAGUCUUUUUGCCCCUCUAGCAUAUUCAUUGCCUCAGUCCCCUGAACACUGGAACAACAACCUGUCGUUUCAGACGUCGGACAGUAUGGCGACCGGUGAGAAGCGAUCAAAUCUUAGGAUGUUGGAUGAAGCCCAGCCGCAAAAACAAGCUGGAUUCCGUCACGGUUUCAGCUGCUUGGACCAGAUCCAGACCGUGUCGAAGGUCAAAGAAGUUCGCCGGGAGUACAGCCUGCCCCCUCCCCAUAUCCAUUGGAAAGGACGAAAUCGUUCUCUUUUCGAGAAGUACCACAAUGAAGCAAUGAAGCAGAAACGCUGCAAAGGAACUGAACAAAGCAGGGAAGAGAACAGGAAUGCGAAUAAACAGAAAGAGGACACAAUUCAUGAAGAACGCUUACUGCGAGAACGGAGGAGUACAACUUGA